AUGAACGGCGAUCCAGAAUUCAUUGGUGGUUUGGCACCAGGUACAAAGGUUUUCCUAGCCAACUGGAAGACCGUGCCAAUUGAAACCAUCAAAGUUGGCGAUGAAGUGCUUACAUCGGAGGGAGGUGCGGCAAAAGUGGAGGCUGUGUUAAAAGGUGACCAUGAUUUGGUCACAAUUAGACAAAACACCAGGCACCGCGCACACCUGAAAGAUCCCUCGGUGGAGAAACCUUGGGGCAUAGUCGAAAUGACAUGCUCCAAGAGACAAAAACUGAUUUUGAGCACGAGACAGGGGAUCAAGAUAUAUAACAAUGGGCGUGGAGUUAGGGUAGUUUCUGUGUCUCAGCUGGCUGAUUGUCAAACAAAGGAUGGUCGAAUUAUCAAGAUCAUCAAGGAAAAAACGAGACGAUUCCCUCUGACAACCGAGGCGCCGGAGAUUAGAGACUACGUAAAGCCAAUGGUCUUGCGGAACGAGGGAAGAUGUUUCACUUGGCAAUGUGAGGCUGGCGACUUGGAAGAGUACGUUAACAAAAAAAUUCGGGCUGCUACUAGGAUGAUUUUACAACCAAUAUCGAUAGAGAUACCAGUAUUGGGGCCAUGGUUGGAACAAUCUUUCGAAAGGAACAUUACUGCAGGGCAGCUUGAAGCCAUGGCAUGGUUGUUAGGGUUCUGGAUUGGUGAUGGUUCCAGAACGGGAGCAAUCUUCGCUUUGCACUCUCGAGAUGACGAUGUCAACACCAGACUUCGCGAGAAUGCAAAAGUGUGGGGUAUGACUCUCAGAAUCGAGCUUGGGAAGGGCUUUUCAGCAAGUGGAUUCCUUCAGACCUAUAAUGGCGCGGUACGUAAUUUGAACAAAGACAACCCGCUAGUUAAGGUGCUGGAAGAGUUAAAAUUCUACGGAAAUGGCAGAAGAAACGGUCCGAAGAACGUUCCACUAUUCAUGCGAACAGAGCAAAUAGCGGUGCGCGAAGCUUUUCUCGCAGGGCUAAUAGAUUCUGAUGGAUAUUGCAAUAUCCAAAACGGGUGUAUUCAUGUGGUAAUUAAGACUGUCUACCUGCCUAUUAGAGACGCUAUAAACUUCAUAGGUCGUUCUCUUGGUUUGACUGUCUCCACCAAUUUCCGUCGCGCUAACUUUGAUGAGCGCAGUGGAGUAAACCAUCGUGAUCACUGGGUUUGCGAGUUAUAUGGUGGGACUAAUCAUGAAACCCUCAGGUCGAUGCUGAACAGAUGCUCCUGUGAAAGGAAGCGAAACCCGAAAUUGGUGUACAUCAGGAACAGAGAUUUUGAAGAAUUUGAUUCCGAUUACCAAUCGGAGGAAAAUGAAAAUGAUCCUGAUCCUGAGGACAAUGACGAUUUAUCAGGUAUAAUGGAAAGCUUUGAAGAUGAUCCGGAAGAUGAUCCGGAAGAACAAGAAGAUGGCACAUUCAAUUUUGGCAAGUUAAGAUUUAAUAUUAUCCAAAGUUGUAAAAGUCCUGUCAUAGGACUGGUAUUGUCGGAUACCUCCAACCGAACUUUUGUCACGGAUGACCAGAUUGUAUGUGGCACUGCCGAAUUGAUUACGGAGGGACUUGAAUCAAGACCGUAUUUUAAGAGGCGUUGCCUAUCAUGCCAUACAGAAACGGCAAAAAAGUGGUUCAAGGUUCCCUGGUUGGGGGAUGUUUUUGACAGGUUAUGCGGGAAUUGUCGGGACUCUUAUUCGCGCACUCAUAUGCGUUGCAGUAACGGUCUUUGCAACAGGGUCUUCAAGCCCAUAGAUCUAAAUCCAAAAAGGCUCAGCGGCAGGAAAAGGGAAGUUGCUCGACAGGCUACUCACCAGUGUGAGCGAUGUGGGAGUAGUCCACUGCAGGGAUGA